UCGUUUGUAUUUUUAUGCGGCUUUCAUUCUGAGUGCAGUUGUAAUAAAUACGACGUAUUUAAAAGGUCUUUUUUUUUCAAAAACAAAGAAUAAAUAAAAAUGUCGUACUUGCUGACAGAAAUUGCUUUGGAAAUGCUUGGUUACAAAUUCUACGAUAUUUAUGGAGUUCCAGACGAUAUUAAUAAUUUCCAAAAUGUUGCAGCUUCUGAUCGCAGUGCGAAUGAUGCAACCUCCAUUGAACCACACUUAUCCACACUACUAGGUUUAGAUCCAAAAAGCUCAAAACGAAACCAUACGAAUCCAAUGUUAAUUAAUUUGCCAGAUGGAGUGACAAAGUUAAUGGAUGCUGAAUAUAACAAAGUCAGACAACAACUUGUACGCAAAAAGCUAUCUCUAACUGGAGAAUAUCCGGAUCCAAAAACCAUUCAAACAACAAUACAAAUUUUGAUAGAGUCUGAACACGAAAAACUUUUAGCAGAACAACAGCUUUUGCAAAGAUUUCGAAGAAUUGUAGAGGAAAACUUAAUGAACAUGAAUACGGUUUCGUUUGAAAAAUAUUUGGAGGGCUUUAAAAGUACCAGUUCCACAUCUAAAAGUCUAGCAUCAGAAGUUAUGAAUUAAUACUCAAACCAAUAAGAAAUUACUCUACAAAUAAUCUCUCAAACGGGAGAAUUACUUUUCUUUAUAUUAAUGGUAUAUACACAAAUACUGAAAUGAAUUUAAUUUAAUUUAGUUAUUUAUUUUUUAUAUGUAUUCAGAACAUAUUCAGUUAAUAUAAGUUUAUUCACAAGGAACUAAAAGAGCUCUAUAAACCGAAAAUAGGUAAAAUUUCUUUUUUUCGUAUUUACAAACACAUAAUAGACCCCGGCACGGUAUAAAUAUGAGCACCACGCAGGCUGGAACUUUGAGCUCCGAUCUGUGUGGUGUUCAAUGAUAUCACAUGAAGCAAAGCUGCGGGCGUUCACAGGUUGCGGAUAGUGGAAGGCUCCAUACGGAGUAGGUGCAAUUGCAGCCGCGGACAAUCAGGUCCAUAUAUACUGAGUGGCUAUGAUGCUUGAUAUGAAAAGGCGAGUUAUUGACGCCUUUAAAUAGCCAGUGGCCAUCAUAUUCUCGCGGCGAUCGCCACCUCCUCAUAUAGACAUAAUAGCCUAUUUUUCCUUUAAUAAACCAAUUUUAAAAUUGAGAAAGUUAUUGGCUUAACCCUUGUUUAACACCAUAAUAAAAUGAUAUUUCUCAAUUUUACGAGCAUAAACCUAUAUGAAUGAAUUCGAAAAAAGUAGAAUGGAGCAAAGUUUGGCCAGACCAAAUUAUGGUGAUUCAAUCCAGCUGGAGCAUUGAGGUCCUAUCUGUGUGGUGUUCAUUGCUGUCACGAGAAGCUUAUCUGUGAGCUACCGGGCGCGUCCACAGGUUGCGGAUAUUGGAAUGCUCCGUUAUCAUACCAAAAGCUAUACUGACCUCCUUCUGACUUCCUUUCAGUAAUAGCCUCGUCCUCUUACGAUCCUGUUCACCCCAUAGGAUUUUCGCAGUCCUACCGACUGUUCCAUUGUUCCACAGUGUUCGUCGCCUACGCCCUUAUCUUGUACUGCGUCGUCUAGAAAGUCUUCGGUUUAACCAAAUUUAUUGACGGCAGUCCUUUGGCCUUCACUGCCAAAUCGUCUGCCUUUUCAUUCUCUCUUACUCCAUUAUGGCCCCGCAACCAAACGAUGCGUAUUGUGCGAUGGACGGCGUUUUUCUCCUUCUAACUUUGCAAGACCGUUCGUAACCUUUCGGUCCUGGUCGUUAUUGCCCUUAUGGUCAUUUUACUGUUAGUAAAGAUGUUCACACUCCUUGCGUUAGCACCACACCAACUCGUGAUCGCCUGGAUCUCAUCCUGCAGGACCGUAUUAUGGUCAGGCAGUCUAAAACAAAUAUCAGUCCCUGGGUUCUUAAUGUAGACCCCAGGUCCAUUCUGUC